AUGACGAGUACUCACAGGAAGUUCAUCAAUAUAAUAGAAAAAUACAUGUGCAAUGGGGUCCACAACCCCAUUGUAUCAUCAAUAAUCAUCAUCUCAUUCAUCUUGGGACAACUUAUGAACUCUUCAUCAGCAUUUAAAACAACACUAGCACAGACAACUUCACAACUGAUAGUCGAAGAGGUAAUAAAUGGUACAAUAGAUGGCGAACCAAUCUCGUAUAUCCAAGACACAACGACAAAUCCAUCCUUUGAUGAUUAUUUUUAUGAUUUACUUUCCAAUAUAAUCAAUCUUGUAUUCAUUUAUCGUUUUGUCACGAGAAACAGCUCGCCACAUCAAUCCAGAACAAAUUCUGUUUAUCAAGAAUUAUGCAUGUUUAUAACGCAACUUGUGGCAGCAACCUAUUUCAUGUCAAUGUAUUUCACUCAAUUUCCCAAAUUAUUACAGAUUCUUACAUCACUACAAUUAGUUUUACCGUUCAUCAUAUUUUUCAUUUCAAUUUCAUCAAAUAGGACCAUCUGUAAGCCAUUAAAAGAGUGUAACAACAACAUCCUUCCGUUUUUCAUCACCAACUCAUUUCUUUUUAUAAACACAACAUUUACUACUAGCACAUCUACUUCUGCUGGUACUUUAUCACAACUUAUUAGCUGGCUAUAUUUAUUUGCAGCUUACUCACAGAAAUUAUACCUCAUCUACCAAUACGUGAUAUAUGAAUUGAUUACUGUCUACGAAGAAGAAGAUGAUGAAGAAGUGGAAAAACAAAAUGAUGAAAAACACGAUUUAGAGAAAGGGGCUGUAAACAAAAGGAGUAACCAUUCGACGUUUCUGGAAUUCAAGAAUAGGUUAAUGAUGUCCGUAUGCUAUAUUGUUAUGGGUGUGGAUUUAGUAUUCAUGUGCUUAUUAAUAUAA